UGCCCGGGACCCCCACUCACCCUCCUCUGUAGGCCUUCACCCAUGAAGCUGCCUCUAGAGUCUAGAUUAGAGCAGGUGGCUGUCUGCCUUGAAGCAGGGCAUGCCCACUGCCUGGGUAUCUAACCUGUCCUCACGCCAACCAUCUCAUCGACCUCUCCUUGCCUGGCUGGCAAGCCCAUUUCAUUUUUUCCCCUCUCCCCCUCACAGGGAAAGCGUUGAGAAAAGACACCCCAACCAUCCUUCCCCAGCACCUCCUGUCCCGGUGAGCGCCCUGGGCCAUAACCGCAGCUCCACUGAUCCGACUACCAGGGGUCAUUUGAAUACUGAGGCUCGUGAGAAAGAUAAACCAAAAGAGAGGGAGAGAGACCACUCGGGAUCCCGAAAGGACCUGACCACCGAAGAGCACAAAGCCAAGGAAGGCCAUCUGCCCGAGAGAGAUGGGCAUAGCCACGAGGGACGUGCAGCAGGCGAGGAACCCAAGCAGCUGUCCCGGGUGCCAUCGCCUUACGUGAGAACACCAGGCGUGGACAGCACCAGGCCUAACAGCACCUCUAGCCGGGAAGCCGAGCCACGCAAGGGUGAGCCGGCCUACGAGAACCCCAAGAAGAGCGCCGAGGUCAAGGUCAAAGAGGAGCGCAAGGAAGACCACGACCUAUCCACCGAGGCCCCGCAGGCCCACAGGACCUCAGAGGCACCUCCGCCCAGCUCCUCAGCCAGCGCCAGUGCGCACCCGGGGCCGCUGGCAUCCAUGCCCAUGACCAUGGGAGUGACUGGCAUCCAUGCCAUGAACAGUAUCGGUAGUCUGGACAGGACACGCAUGAUGACCCCGUUUAUGGGCCUCAGUCCGAUCCCGGGGGGAGAGCGCUUCCCGUACCCCUCUUUCCACUGGGACCCCAUGCGGGACCCCCUGAGGGAUCCUUACCGUGACUUGGACAUGCACCGAAGGGACCCUCUGGGCAGGGACUUCCUGCUUAGGAAUGACCCCCUGCACCGGCUCUCCACGCCCCGGCUGUACGAAGCGGACCGCUCCUUCCGGGACAGGGAGCCUCAUGAUUACAGCCACCACCACCACCACCACCAUCACCCGCUGGCUGUGGACCCUCGACGGGAGCACGAACGGGGUGGACACUUGGACGAACGCGAGCGGCUGCACGUGCUUCGGGAGGACUACGAACACCCACGGUUGCACCCUGUGCACCCCGCUUCUCUGGACGGACCCCUCCCACACCCGAGCCUGCUCACGCCGGGCCUGCCUAGUAUGCACUACCCUCGCAUCAGCCCCACUGCAGGCCACCAGAACGGACUGCUCAACAAGACCCCGCCCACCGCGGCGCUCAGCGCCCCGCCUCCGCUCAUCUCCACACUGGGGGGCCGGCCCGGGUCCCCCCGGAGGACUACGCCUCUGUCGGCUGAAAUCCGAGAGAGGCCACCGUCCCACACACUGAAGGACAUCGAAGCUCGAUAAGCCAGGAGGACGAGGCGAACCUCGGAAUGGGGGAGAAACCCCAGAGACACACCCCAAGACUCAAGAGACAACUCCUGCACCCCCAAAACUUGAGAGGUGAAAAAAAAAUGGACGGAGACUCCGUUUGGAUGUUGAAAUGUUUUUGUAUAUUAAUGUUGGAAUAUUUCUGACCUUUUAGACAGGUCCUGUUUGUUCUUACAUUUCCUUACUUUUUCGUUGUUGUUCCUUGCAUAAUACUUUGAUUUGAACCAAAACGGUGAAGGUAACGACACACAAGGAUCUGAUGAUAAUGGGGCGGGGACAUCUCUCCAUCACCAGAGCUGUCUCAGAGGAGGAGGCAUGUACAUAGAGUGUAAAAAGAGAUUGCUUCAUGAGCUGACGGUUCAUAUAUGCAAAAGAUAAAGACGAAAGCUUUACUUGUACAGAUGUAAAUAGGUAAAGAUUAAGUAUCAUAAUACACUAAUACUUCUUCAAAUGUGCUAUUUACAAGUCUAAUAUCAGCGAACUCGGCCCUCGGAGGAGGCCGGGUUCCCAUCUGCUAAACCCUUCAACUAUGCAAUGAAUACCAGGGCUUUUUCCCAAAGCCCAUCUAACUCAAAGGAGCCUUUUCAAAUCCAUUUACAACAUACUUAAGGUCAUAUUUUCCCUGAACAAGCGCUAACCUGAGACAUUAGACAACUGUUAUCUUUUGUUCUGUUUUGUUUUUCAAAUGGAGAACAACCCACCCCCCACUUUUUUUUUUUUUUUUUAAUCUGGAACCCAGGCUUGAACUUUGUAUCCGAAGUUGCUGCUUGUGGUCUUCCGGGGAGACAUGGGGAAAGGUACACCCCUAGAAAGUGUAUCUAAGAGCCGGAAGCAGCUUUGCCCAGGGAAGAUGGGAUUGUUCUGCCGAUAAUCGGGGCAGAUGGGCUGUGUCUGCCCGCACAAACAGGUCACCAGAGUUUCUGGUCGCCUCUGAUGCCGUAUUAUUGCUGGCAACUUCAAGAGGGAGCCAUGCCUGAUUCCCCCCGUGUCCUAUUCAUAACAUGUACACACUUCCUUGUUCCACAGUAUGAUUUAAGGACACUCACACAGGUCCUGAAAGAAAGCUGUCGGGGUUUUCUCAGAUGAUGGAUAUGCUUUCACGGUAACCGGCAGAUUGAAGGUAUAUGGAGCCCAGUGUGAACCAUUUAUAUUCCUAUAGGAAACGGAAGCCUGGGAAGGAGCUGAACAGGUAGAUCUUGUAAGAGCCAUCAGGAAUUACCGAGGGCGUAAAGUGGCAGAGGUGGUGUGUGUGUGUGUGUGUGUGUGUGUGUGUGUGUGUGUGCUUGAGAGGAUGUGUGUGUAUGUGUCAAGUUUUCAUCAGUCUUAAUGUCUUCAUGACACUUUUAUAAGGACAUUAACCCUCUUGUCUACAUAUUUGGAGAGAAUAUGACUUUACUAGCCGAGAAAAUACAAUAUAUCUUGUCUACUGGCCUGUAAAAUACAUGUAAGAAAUAAAAAUUAGUCCCAUUUGGUCCUCUAGUAUAUUAAAGUGCUAUCCGACAUUGUUAUCCUGUUUUUUUUUUUUUUGAAAGAAAAAUGUAAACUACAGACCAUUGUUUCUAAAAGCAGAGAGAUCUAUUUUAGUAGUCAACUGAAGGUUUAGUUGUGAAUUCCAAUUUUGUGGACACCAGACGUGUGCAGUGUUUUAUUUUCUUUCUUUCUUUCUUUUUUUUUUUUUCUGUUUUGUUUUUUAAAACAAUUACUAAAAAAAAAAAACCUCCCAGGAUUCUGUGCACUGGAACUGUAGUGGUAGCUGUCAGCAUUGUAAAGAGAUUGUUCUUGUACAGGCCUUUUUGCUGUUUCUCUUGUAUGUAAAAAAAAGAAAAAAGAAGAAAAAAAAGGAAACAAAAAAGAAAGAAAGAAAAAAAAAGUCCUUUCCAGAUCCUACCCGAACAGGAAGGGAAGCAGCGGGAUCUUCAGCAUGUCUCAUUGGAGGAGCCUU